GAUUUUUGACGCAGAUUUUUUUAAAAAACUUAAAAAGUUAGUACAAAAUUUUUGUGAAUAGUUUAUUUAUUUUCGCAAAGUGAAGUAGUGAUACACUCCAUGUUAAGAAAAAUCGACCAGAAUGUUAUAGAGAAAGAAGAUUAAAGAAAGUGCAGUGAGGUGGAAAAGAAAUACGCUUUUAUUUUUUUAUAAUUUGAAGUGAAAAAAUAAGUAAACUAAUAAAUAAAAAAAAAAAAACAAAAAUUAUAUGCUGCAGGUAACUUGAUGCAAACAAACCUACGAUAACAAUCAAAUCAACAAGAAGAAUCGAGACGACUUAUGGCAGCGAUAUAUAUAUAUAUGAUUAAUUCGUUUUACAAUCUCUGUAAAUAAUAUCUGAAACAUUACGAAAAUAUAAGUCCCAAGCCAAGUCCCAGGCAAGAUUUAAGAUCGUUAAGAUCACGUUUUUAAAUAUCCGAUAUACAACCACGAAGAAGAAGCAUAAAUAAACAAGAUGACAUCUCUAGACGUGCGUAGCAACUCUGCCGUUAUGAAACGUGCUGAACAGCUUAAACGCUGGGAAGAAUCAGAAACAAAUCGUGAACCUCCAACCCCAAAACCAGAGAAGGGGCGCAAAAUAAAAUUUUCUUCAGGUUGCGUCUUUUUAGCAGCUUGCCUUUCUGGAGAUAAAGAGGAAGUUCUUAAGCUUCUAGAACAUGGCGCGGAUAUAAACACUGCCAAUGUUGAUGGACUAACAGCAUUGCAUCAAGCCUGCAUCGAUGAUAAUUUAGAAAUGGUUGAGUUUCUUGUUGAACAUGGCGCAGACAUCAAUCGACAAGACAAUGAAGGUUGGACUCCGUUACAUGCAACAGCCUCAUGCGGCUUUGUAAGCAUAGCACGUUAUUUGGUGGAACAUGGUGCCGAAGUUGCUGCUGUCAAUAGUGACGGCGAUUUAGCCGUUGACUUGGCUGUUGACAUACAACACUUGCCAAUGAUGGAUUUCAUGCAGAAAAUGGUUACUGAACUCAAUAUCGAUUGUGAGAAAGCGCGAAAAGCCGAAGAACAAUUAAUGCUCAAUGAUGCCAAAAAGUGGUUGAGAAGUGAUGCCUCCGAAGUAGAUCGACCACAUCCAAAAACUGGUGCAACAGCGCUGCAUGUAGCUGCAGCAAAAGGUUAUACAAAGGUUCUAGGACUACUCUUAGCUGGUAGGGCUAAUGUCGAUAAACAAGAUAAUGAUGGUUGGACACCGUUACAUGCGGCAUCGCACUGGGGUCAAAAGGAGGCUGCUGAAAUGCUUGUCGAUGCUAUGGCGGAUAUAGAUAUGCGAAACUAUGCAGGUCAGACAUGCAUUGAUGUGGCAGAACGUAAAAUGGUUAAAUUCCUUGAGGAACUGCGUGCAAGUAAACGAAUAAAACGUCGUCCAUCUAGUCAAAUCAGAAUCUCAGAUACAAUAGAAAAUCACAUUGACAAUGCGCCAACAAAGAUAAUACGCGUUGAAGUCAAAAAUGAGCUUGCGAUGAAGGAACAGCCUAAUGUAACAGGCGUUUCCGAAACAUUGCAAACAAUAAAUGAUGAACAAGAUCAGCAUAAUUUAUCGCGUAUAUCCGAAUGUGAAGAAACUGACUCCGAUCUCACCGACUCAACAGAAAGCUCACAUUCAACAAGUCUUUCCGAACCUGAAGAUGAAAAACCGAAGUUAGUAGCAGAUUCAUUUAAACCAGCUGAUCAAAGUUCUGAAGAGGAAGCACCAUGGAGACGUAAUAGUUUCGUGCGUUUACGUUUGCAAAAUGAAACACCAGUUAAAAAUCAAGUUCCUGAUAAAGAAAUUAGUAAAGUAAAUAACACAACAGAGUCAUCGUCAUCUGACGUCAUAUUGCGACGCACUCAAAGCUUCGAGAAUGACAAAUUCUAUCAAAAAUAUCAUGAGCUGCGUGCACGUAUCAAAGCUAACUCAUGUCCUAUACUGCCGGCUACACAAAUAAGCAACAUGAACAAUAAUAACAAUAAUAAUAACAAUAACAACAGUAAUAUUACAAAUAAUAUCACAAGCGUACUAAGCAACGUUAAUAGCACCAAUCCUAAUACCAAUACCAAUACCAUCACAAAUCAAAAUUAUUCCGUACAAAGAUCGGCUUCGCUUAAAGAACACAGAAACUUCAGGAAACCCAUUACACCACCUAUAAGUUCAGCUGCUCCAGCUUCUGUAUCCAUUGCAACAACAACAACAACUGCAAACACAACUUCAGUGAUUGCAGCUCCAAUCAGAAGCACUCCUAGUUCAACUACAAAUAAUCUUGUUACAAAUAAUGCUACAAAAACUGUCAAUAAUAAUGACAACAAACAAGCACCAUCAAGUCCAUCUACACCCGAAGCCACCAAGCAGAAAAUGUCUGCAGGAACAAUUUUCAAAAAUUUCUUUAAAUCAUUUGUACCUCCGGUACGUGACGAAGAGAGUGAAACUCAACGAAAGGCACAUGCUAAGCGUGUAAGGGAAACCCGUCGUUCCACUCAAGGUGUUACUCUUGAUGAAAUAAAAAGUGCUGAAGAAUUGGUCAAAAAGAAAAAUUCAACUAUGAAUAAUAAUAAUAAUAGCAGCAAUAAUGAUAUGCAAACUACUACAACAACAUUACAACAACAGCUAUCACAAGAAGACCAACAACCACCAGCGCCUACAACACCACCACCAACAAUAGACACAACUACAGUUACAUCUACAACGAUAUCGACUCCUCAAUCUACGGAAAUUGCAACUGUUUUCGAUGUUCAAUCUGUAAAAAUUGAAGAAGACUCAAAAAUCGAUGAUGAUAUAUCUGCUAGUUUUACAAUAGUUGCACCCAUUAUAAGACCUCGUACACUUUCAAUUAGUUCAAUCAAUGACGAUAGCGAUGGUAACGAGGAUAAUGACGUUAGUACUACAUUUACUAUGACAUCGCGCCAUUCACAAGCACAUCCAUCACCAACUGAAUCGGUUGAAACAACAAUUGUCGUUACACCGCCAAUAAUAACGAUUAACGAAUCGCAAGAUGUAGAAAAGGAUAUGAAAUUUAUAGAAGAGAACAGCAAUACAUUUGCAUCGCAUAAUAAAGAAAACGAAAACAACGAAAAUAAAAAGACUGAUAAUUCUGAAAAUCAAAUUAAAACCGCCACACCUACUAUCAUUACUGCAGUAUCGUCAUCAGAAAAAUCCGAUGAAUUACCUAAACAACCAGAAUCUCCAUCGUUAGAACGAUUACGUAAUAUUGGUGCUUUUAGUCCGCUACCAUUGCAAUCACAUGAAACUGUUAAUAGUAAUGUAUCGAUAACGUCUGCUAGUAGCACUACAACAACUCCUAUACUUGAUAGCCCAGUGCGCAUGCGGGACAAGCGUUCGCUCUUCGAACUCGAUAAUGCAAGUUCACUGUCUUUGGCAGAGAAGCUACGCAAUGAAGCUAAUAAAUACUCAAACGAAGAACAAAAAAGUCCCAUUAGUGCUGGUGUUAUCACUAGCGAUAUUGAUCGAGAUACAGUAUUCAGUAAUUUUAGUAGUCGACGAAGUCUUGAUUCUGCCUCUUUGCCAUCAUCUCCACUGCAUAGCAAAGAAAGCGCACCUAGCAGUGUAAGCAGCAAUAGUAGUGGCGCUGUUGGAACAACGACGGAACGAAGACCAUCGUGGCGUUUGAAAUUCGAUGCAGGUUGUAAGUUCAAAUUGGAAGAUGCCAGCACUGGUACCACAUUUCCGCCUAAUAAUAGCACAAUAAUACCAAGUGCGCCAGCAGUUAUUGCAGCAGCGAAUCUAUCAUCAGCAUCGCAACGUCGAAUUGGUGGUACGGGUGGCUCAUUAACUUCUUCAAAUCAAUCACUUAAUUCAAUUGGCAGACCAGUGUCGGCGCCCGUGAAUAGUAUAAGUUUAAAUGCAAACGAAAAUAAUAGCAAUGAUAAAACCACCGAUAAUAGCACUACCAUUAGUUCCAUCAGAAGACCUGUAUCAAUUUCAAAUACAACCUUAGUAUCUUCUGGAAGUGCUACUUCAACAGUAUCAACAGCAUCAACAGCCUCGUCAACAACAUCGAACGCAAUUAGUAAAAGCAGUGAUGAUAAAGAUAAUGAUAAGGAAAAUGAUAAUAGAACAACACAAGCUGCUAUACAAAGAAGAAGAAAACCAAAACGUAGAUCAACAGGAGUUGUACAUCUAGAUAUGGAUGAUCUCGAUCCAGAACGACAAGAUUCUGCAAAUGAUACUGAAGAGAAAGAGAGUGGUAGCGAACGUACUUCACGUUCACGUGUUGGCAGUUCUAAUUCAUUGUCAAAUGCAUCCGCAACAGAUGAUAAGAAGUCGCGUGAUAAAUCUGAAAAUGGUGAUGGACCUAUAGAUUAUAAAGCAUUAUGGGAAGCUGCAAAGUCGGAGAAUGAUAAACUCAAACAGCAACUAAAGAAAAAGGACGAAGAGGUUGUACAAACCAGAGCAACACUGGAAAGGUUUACAAACGCAACAACUAAAAACUCACUCUCAGAGAUUGAAAAGCGUGAAAGGAGAGCAAUGGAACGCAAACUUUCUGAAAUGGAAGAAGAGCUCAAGCUAUUGCAGAAGCUAAAGACUGAGAAUGAGCGUUUACGUGCUGAAAAUCGCGCUCUAACCCGAGUCGUCUCGAAGCUGACCACUUCGGCACAAAAUCAGCUUUCUAAAUCAAAAUAGAUAAUUCUCAAAAAAUAAUCAAAAAUUAUUUAUAUAUAAGUACACAAAAA